UACAGUUAGAGCUCGAGUCCAGGGAUCAUGGCAGAAACCGCUCCAGCAGCUGCCGCCACCAAAGCGGCCAAGAAGAAGCCCGCAGCUAAACGCAAGAGAACAGGCCCGAGCCUGGGCGAGCUCAUCGUUAAGGUGGUGUCCGCAUCUAAGGAGAGGAGCGGGGUCUCGCUCGCCGCCCUGAAGAAAGCGCUCGCUGCCGGUGGAUACGAUGUGGAGAAGAACAACUCCCGCGUCAAGAUCGCCCUUAAGAGUCUGGUGACUAAAGGCAACCUGGUCCAGACCAAAGGAACCGGCGCCUCCGGCUCGUUCAAACUCAACAAGAAACAAACCGAGACAAAGACGAAAGCCGCUCCUAAAGCCAAGAAGCCCGCAGCAAAAAAGCCCGCAGCCAAGAAACCCGCCGCCGCGAAGAAACCCAAAACCGCAGCCGCGAAGAAAACCGUCGCUAAGAAAUCGCCGAAGAAGGCCAAGAAACCCGCUGCUAAAAAGGCAACUAAGAGCCCCAAAAAGGCAACGAAGAGCCCCAAAAAGGCAACGAAGAGCCCCAAAAAGGCAACGAAGAGCCCCAAAAAGGCAAAGAAACCAACGACUCCUAAAAAAGCAGCCAAGAGCCCUAAAAAGGCCAAAGUCGCUAAACCCAAAACGGCUAAACCCAAAGCUGCUAAGCCUAAAAAGACAGCAGCCAAAAAGAAAUAA